AUGAUAAUGGUCACUCCAACUCAUAUUGUCGAUCCAGACGGCGAGGUGAUCAUAAUGUUACGCAAUUCAAAUUCUCCUUUGGCAGAGCCGGAAGAAGACAUGCUUGGUAAUGAAUUCUCUCAUACCGAUGAUAUCCAGAUUCCCGCCGAAGAGCCUGCCCCUGAAGAGCCUGCCCCUGAAGAGCCUGCCCCUGAAGAGCCUGCCCCUGAAGAGCCUGCCCCUGAAGAGCCUGCCCCUGAAGAGCCUGCCCCUGAAGAGCCUGCCCUUGAAGAACCUGCCCCUGAAGAGCCUGUCCCUGGGGAGCCUGUUCCUGAAGGACCUGCCGAAGCACAAACUGAAGAGCGAACCGAAAUCGACCUCGAGGAAGAGUGCUGUUUCCGCAUCCAAGUCUCUGCAAAACAUCUAAUACUUGCUUCCUCUGUCUUCAAGAAAAUACUCACUGGUGGUUGGAAGGAAAGUAUUACUUUCUUGAAAGAACGCUCAGUUGAGAUUACCGCGGAGGGCUGGGAUAUCGAAACUUUGUUGAUCCUUCUUCGUGCUAUCCACGGUCAACAAUACCAUAUACCCCGGAAGCUGACCCUUGAGAUGCUCGCCAAGAUCGCGGUGCUCGUCGAUUACUAUGAUUGUAAGGAGAGCGUGCAUAUUUGGGCGACUAUAUGGAUCGAGGCUCUGGAGGAAAAUAUUCCGAGGACAUAUUGUAGGGAUCUCUUUCUGUGGUUAUGGGUUUCCUGGGCUUUCCAGCUUCCGGCCCAGUUCAAAGAGUCAACAUCAACUGCUUUGUCGUUGAGCAACGGUUGGAUUAACAGCCUCGGACUACCAAUUCCUGCUAAAAUCAUAGAAGCAAUGAACAAACAGCGACAGGAGAAUAUCGACAGCGUAAUCAGACUACUUUACGAUACCCGCGACCAACUCCUACAUGGAGCUCGAGGAUGUGGCUUUGAGUGCGGCUCGAUCAUGUACGGGGCUCUCACGAAGCAAAUGCUUUCAGUUGGACUGAUUUCGCCGAGACCUGCAGCGCCAUUCCCUGGUUGGAGCUACGAAAUUCUCGUGCAGCAGGUACUGUCAUUCAGGGUGCCACGAUGGUAUGGCGCCUAUCGUUCUAGCGAGCACAAUUGUCCUGACACGUCAUUUGCAACCUUAUUUCGGAUCUUGAAUGAUACCAUUCGAGGUCUCGACCUGCAUGAUCUUCAUUGA